AUGAACAGCAUUCUGUUUCCUGAUUCUGAACGCUAUCUGGAUAAUGGUGGAAACUUCAUGAGCUAUGGUGUAUAUCAGAUUGAACCUUGCGAAAACAAUGGUACAUUAGAGUGGUUUGAAGAAAGUCGCUCAUUGUGUCCAUUGGCAGCACCAUGGUUGACAAAUGAUAAACUUACAGCAGUGUUGAAGGGCUACAGGGUAUCAAAGGUGACUCCUGCAGGCUUUGAAAGGACUCUGGAGUUUUUUGGUUUGGAGAGAAGUGCACCAGGAAGUGAUGUGAAGAAUGAAGAAAUCUGUUCUUUCAUUGCUUUUAUUUCUUCUUUCAAGAUUGGCGAAAAAGAAGGUUUCUUGGCCUUAUUGGAAAAAUGUCAAAUGAAUGGCAUUUACGAGUAUGAUGAAUCUGUGUCACAUGACACCAAUUUGCGGUAUUUCGAAGAUUUUGUCCAGGCAAUGUGUCCUCUACGAUUCUUUCUGUAUGAUGGUCAGCAUAGAGCAGUUGGCUUGAAAUGCUAUUCUGAGAGAAUUGGCGAGUGUCGCGAAACUCUUCCAGAAUUUGGGAAUCUGCUUCCUGUGUUCAAUGUACCAGACGAUGUUGCAAAAUACAAGUUGAAGAGUAACAAACAGAAUUUUGACCCAAGAAUCACCUUGGACAAGCGUCAUGUCUGGUGUCAUGUUGGGUUUGGCGGAAGCUUGAGUUUGCAAGAUCAAUACGAAGUGUUCCGGAAUAUGGGCGCGGCUGUGACUUCUGCAGAAAAUCGGCGUGUGAAGUCAAAUCUCCGAGAUGAUGCAAUCCAGUAUUUUGUGAUGUUGAGAGCCUAA